AUGGAUCCAACGUCCACCCCGCGACAUCCAGAUCGCUUCAGAAUGGGCGCUGGAGCUGCAGAUCCAAUUCCCUCAUCUUCACCAGCAUUUGCAACACCUGCACGUCCAUUUCGACUACCACGAGGCCAUGCGCCUCCUACAAAAACUUCCAUCCUCCCUAUCCUCCUUCCACCCGCGACUCUUCGACCAGUCGCAUUCCGUACAUUCACCCGCAAGCACAAUCUCACAAUCUCGUCUUCGGCAUUGCAAAUUCUUGCUGUCUUCAUUGGCAAGAACUGUGGCUCGGGAUGGCGCGAAGAAGGAUUGGCAGAGAAGGCCCUGGAUGAGGUGGCCAAGAUCUGGAAACGAGCCGGAGGUGGUGUUAUAGUGGAAGAAGGCAAGGGUGCCUCGUUGAAGGCCAUCCUACAGACCCUUGAGAGCAGCAUGAGUGGAGGACGAGUGGUCGCAGGGAAAGGCAAUUCCCAGGACGGACCUGGAAAGUCUUCUGGUCUCGGUGUGGACGCUGGGAGGAUGGACACCGGCAAUGACCACUCGCAAGGGUCUCUAACGAUGAGGGCUGGGGACACGGACGAAGAUGAGUCGAAGUUGUCAUUUCAUCCACGGCACUGGCUCAAGGUAGUCGACGCAUUUGACCUUCCACGCUUGACCUAUAACGUCGACAAGAAAUACUUUGAGGCCCUCAAGUCGAAACCCACAUUAUUCCCACCGCCGUCACACAAAUCUGCGCUUUUCAGAGACCGUUAUAACUUGGUUUAUCAGCGGCUCUUGCGAAAUGAGUCUUUCCAAAGCUCUUUGGGAGUUGCUGGCAUGCCAUCACUUCAGCGGUCAUCGUCAAACCUUGGCAUGCAACAAUCAUACAAGUUAACGCCAAUCGCUAACUUGUUAGGACGAAGUGGCACGUCACAUCUUCUUCUCGGUCUGCUUUCUGUUUCUCCCACCGGGGACUUGUCAUUGGUUGAUCUGACGGGGACUGUGGUAUUGGACCUCAGCCAUGCACGGAUGAUUCCUGAAGAUGGUGCGUGGUUUGCGCCAGGAAUGAUUGUGCUUGUAGACGGUAUCUACGAGGAGGAGGAGAUGGUCCAGGGCUCUCUCCUGGGCGGCAAUCAUGGGGUUGGAGGAGCCAUUGGAGGUCACUUUGUUGGAGUAUCAAUCUGCGGGCCUCCCUGUGAGCGAAGAGAUAUCUCCCUUGGAACAGGUUCACGCCAGGCCAGCGGCGAUGUAAGCUCCAGUGGUGGAUUCGGAUGGGUCGACUUUUUGGGCACUGGCAGUGAGCGUGCGCAAGGCGCACGUAUGAGAAGACUUCAGGAGAAAUGUCUUCGCAGUGUUCCCGAAUCUACAGAGUCUACGGCGCGACUCAGGGUCGCCAUCUUGAAUGAGGUCAAUCUCGACAAUAUGAUGACUCUGGAUGCGCUGCGAAAGGUCUUUAGCACGUAUAAUGACCUUGCACUCUGCGAUCGCCCUCAGACAUUCGUCAUGAUCGGAAACUUUGUGCAAAAGGCAAUCAUCAACGGUGGAGGUCGUGCCGGAAGUAUCGAGUAUAAGGAGUACUUUGACUCACUCGCAGUGGUUCUGUCUGACUUCCCAGCCCUCCUCCAACAUUCAACCUUUGUCUUCGUCCCCGGCGACAACGACCCCUGGGCAUCAUCAUUCUCAACCGGCGCAGCAACCACGAUCCCACGACAGCCAAUCCCAGAGCUAUUCACAUCUCGCAUUCGGCGCGCCUUUGCAGCGGCCAAUUCAGAGCUGGACAGGAGCCAGACCUCCGAGCCCGAAGGCGAAGCACUAUGGACCUCGAAUCCAGCACGUCUCUCCUGGUUCGGGCCCGUACACGACAUCGCAAUUUUCCGCGAUGACAUCUCAGGCCGUCUCCGACGCACGACAAUCAACACCCAACCAGACGAAGACGAGUCCAACGACCCCAUGCAAGAAACCCUCGAUGCAGCCACAAACGACGCUGUCUCCAUCGCCCCCGACCUCGAGCAACCCAACGGCGCCAAAUCAAACGGUGCAUCACCCAUGGCAUCAAUGGCCCGCAAAUUAGUCAAAACCAUCCUUGACCAGGGCACUAUGUCUCCCUUCCCACUUCAACUACGACCCGUGCUGUGGGAUCAUUCAUCUGCAGUGCAGUUAUAUCCCCUGCCAACGGCACUGGUGCUGGCUGACGCGGAGGCUGCGCCGUUUUGCAUGACUUACGAGGGAUGUCAUGUGAUGAACCCUGGGCGAUUGUUGCCUCAGCGCGAUGUGCAAGCUGUCAAGUGGAUUGAGUUUGAUGUGUUGAGGAAUCGGGGGCGGAUACGUGAGGAGCGGUACUAG